UGGCUUUCUUUAAUGCAAAAAUAGACUUGGCCUUUACCAACUAUUCACCACUUUAUUUUGGCUAUUCUACGUCCUGCUUCCAGGUGCUCUUGAUCCUGUCGUGUUAUUGACUUUUUACCUCUGUUGUAAAAUUCCACGGUUUUUUUAAUAAUGAGAGCCUGGCUUCAAUCCAAUAUAUCAUAUUUAACUGGUACUGCAGAACCUGUUUACGGCGCUGAAGCAAUUCAACCCGUCACCGCUACUGUACAAGGUAUCAAUCCUUACCAUACAUUGGACGAUGAUGACUACCGGUGGUCCACUCCUGCCUCUAGCCAUGUUGAAACCCAAGUCUUUUAUAUUCGUCCUAAUAAUGGCAACCUUAUGUGCUUUGUUCAAUUGAUUCAUUCUAACUUGGGUUCAUGGACAACUACAGCUCAGUCUACAUGUCGAAUUUUUGAUCUAGACAAUCCUGAAAAUGAUUUAUGGACUUCUACCAAUUUGGAUCAAUUCAGCUUUGAGAAUGACCACACUUGUUUUAGAGCCGCUAAUAUUUCUAUUGACCUUGAAGGAAAGUCUGCAUAUAGAAUCCGCUCAUCCGUUAAUAUGGAUUCUAUUAUUGAUCUUGUUAUUCAUCAAGAAAGUCCCCCUUUUAAGAUUGGUGAGAAUGGUACUAGUAACUACGGUACCGACCCCUCCAAACCUUGGGCAAGCAUGAAGCAUGUUUUCUGGCCCCGUACCCGUGUUGAAGGCAAUAUUGUCUCAAAAGGUAAAGUAGUUGAUGUAACAGGUACUGGUUUGUUUGUUCACGCUUUACAAAACGGGAAGCCUCAACAUCUGGCUUCUUCUUGGGAAUUUGCUCUAUUGCAAAAUCCCAGAUAUACCGGUGUUAUGAUGCAGUUUAAGACCCCUCCGAGUUAUGGAUCCACGAUCGUUAACGUCGGUGGUAUCGUAUCAAAGGAUGGGGUUUUGGCCGCUACUGUUGACAAUACAAUUGAGCAUGUAGGUGUAACAAUGGACCCAGAAACAGAAUGGCCUGAACCUACUCGUAUUGCCUAUGAGUGGGACGGUAAGGAUGCUGAAAAUUAUGAAAAGCCUGUCCAUAUGUCAGUCGAUGCACCUUUGGGUAGACGUUUGCAGCGUAUCGACGUUCUCUCGGAAAUCCCCACAUGGCUCCGUGGAUUUGUUCACAAUGUUUCUGGCACAAAACCUUUUAUUUACCAGUACAUGACUCCUGUUACAUUCAGACUGAAGGUUAACGGUGAAGAGAUUGAGGAAAAAGCUACUCUGUUUAAUGAAACCACAUUUAUCUCUUAAAGGUGAUGUUUAAAAAAAAGCUUUAUUCUCUUUUUUACUGUUCUGGUGCAUUCUGGUCAAUUCAUGAAGUCUCGUCUUAAACAGUGGUUUAUUGUACCAAUUUUUUUAAAAAAAUUAUCAAUGCUUUUCUUCCUUUUGACAGUGAAAGUCAUUCUAUUUACAGUGCAUAAUUCCUUAUUACUCGUUCAUAUUUACGAUAGGGUCACGUUUCUGCAUAUUUCCAUUCCUGUGUACAUUCGCACUUGAAGUUAUGGUUUAUGUUUGGAUUAAUUAAAGUACAUUCAUUUUUUUUUCGACAGGAUAAUCGGUGUUAAAAAUAAAAACUUCUGGUUCUGAAUUAUAUCUGAAUUAUAUUUUUUAUAUAUGUUUAACUAGGUUGGAUUUUUUCUGUCCCCAACUUUAUCGAGAUUUGAAACACCAAAUUUGUAUUCAUAGAUGUAUUAUUUCUAAAGGUUAUUUCUCUUUCUGGUUUGCGCAUUUGGUUUCUUCAUUCACCCG